AUGGGCCACCUAGUUCAUUCGGAGGGCGUUUGUGGUGACGGUUGGGACCUAUUUCACUACGAAAACGACUACAUAUGCUACAAAUACUACCCUGAUGGUUUGGGCGACUACCACACAGUGGCCACAGCGUGUAAGGGAGACCUAAACUCGUCGCUACCUAUCAUUAACUCUCAGACAGAGCAAGAUUUUCUCAAUAAAUUAAUAGUAAAAUACAAAAUGAUUGAAAACGUAUGGCUCGACGCAACCAUUAAAGGCAAACACAUUGUAUGGACAGACAGUAGUAACGCUGACUAUGAAAACUGGUUGGCCGGGCGGCCGGCCAACGAAAGCAACUGUGUGGAAAUGUUGCCUGACCAGGUGAGCAUGGGCAAGUGGGAAGAUACACCAUGCGCCAAGAAAAAUGUUUAUCUAUGCAAGCGUUUUGUGGCAUGGUCGAGUCAACAAAUGGAGCAUUUGGUCAGAGAAAAUAAUCACCUGGUCGAUAAAGCACUGGCCGAAAUCGCACUGUUAAAAAACUGUCCCUUACCGGUUGGUUUUAUAUACGUACAUUUGCCGGGCCAGCUCGAUCCUAAUACUUUGUGGCCUAGGUCCAAAUGGUCAGAUGUGACUGUGCAAUAUGCGGGUCAGUUUUUUCGGGCCGAAGGGGGCGGUAGUCUAGCUUUUGGCGCAGGAGUGCAGGCGGGUGACGCACCCAGAUUAUCUCAUUUAAUUAGUCAAUAUGGAAAAUAUGACCAUUCUCUAGAUUAUGAGAUUGUACCUGGUGUUUAUAGUCCAUACGUGCAUACAGGGGAUGCUACCGGUCCAGACAAUGAUGAUUUUUAUGUAAAGUUUUUGGUUAAGGCGACUGAAGUGCGGCCCAGUAAUCAAGCUGUGCGCAUUUUCCGGCGCGAUAAAUAA